CUCCAGCGGUCCGACGCACCGCAGCAGUUUGUAGUUUGGGUUUCCAUAUCCGAGUAGGGACUGCGCAUUGCAAGAAUUCGUAAUAAUGGCAAAUUCAGUGCGUUUGCUAACUAACGUGCCUAGAUCUGUGCCUCGUGUACUGCUUCCCGCAGGAACAACCAGCACGCCGCGAAAGUACUUUUCAGGGCAGGCACAGCCUCCACAUGCGACAGCAAAGGCAAAAUAUGGGGGUCGCUUUAUGGUUACAAUGCUACCUGGUGAUGGAAUUGGCCCCGAACUGAUGAAGCACGUUCGUGAAGUUUUCAGGUAUGGCGGUGUGCCUGUGGAUUUUGAAGAAGUUCAUCUUGACUCUACCCAGGAUGAUCUAGAGAAUGUUGAUGAAGCCAUCACGGCUAUCAAAAGAAACGGCGUUGCCCUGAAAGGCAACAUCGAGACAAGGCACAACUCGCCCAACUCCAAGUCCCGCAACGUAGAGUUGCGCCUACGACUGAAGCUUUUUGUCAAUGUGGUUCACUGCAAGAGCCAGCUCGGCAUUCCGACUCGCCACAACAACAUCGACAUCGUGCUGAUACGCCAAAACACCGAGGGCGAAUACAGCUGUGCCGAGCAUGAGAGCGUUCCAGGUGUAGUGGAGAGCCUGAAGCUGAUAACAAGGAACAAAUCAGAGGAGAUAGCACGCUAUGGUUUCGAGUUUGCACGACAAAAUGGCAGAAAGAAGAUAACAGCCGUGCACAAGGCCAACAUCAUGAAACUCUCUGACGGCCUGUUCCUCAAGUGUUGCACAGAGGUUUCAAAGGACUACCCCGAGAUUGAGUUCGACAACAUGAUAAUCGACAACUGCAGCAUGCAGCUUGUGUCAAACCCAUCACAGUUUGAUGUGCUCCUUCUGCCCAACCUGUAUGGAAACAUUCUAACCAACAUCGCCUGUGGCCUCGUUGGUGGACCAGGCAUCACCUCUGGGAGGAACUAUGGCCAUGAUUAUGCUGUGUUUGAAACGGGGACACGCAACACCGGAAAGUCGAUCGCUGGCAAGAACAUUGCCAACCCUUUGGCCAUGAUGAACGCAAGUGUCGACCUGCUGGAUCAUUUGGGAUUGAAGGACCAUGCAACUGUGAUAAGACAGGCAAUUGACAAAACUCUGAAUGUUGACAAGAUCCACACACCAGAUCUGGGUGGCCAAGCAAGCACUCGAGAUGUCGUCAACAACAUUAUCAAAGAUGUUCAAGAAACCACAAGGCUUUAGGCCUUCAGCGGAUACCUAUGCUGCAUUGUGCGCAUCUGCCUACACAUGGUAGUCACAACACAAACGCUGCUCUGUUGAAGAAGGGGAGAUUAUUAGUUUUGAGAUUUUACAGCCUGGUGGGCGCUCGCGUUAGAUGCACUUAGCAUCCACGAAAAGCAGUGUUCAUUUCGAUCAAGUAUUCUAUAAGAUUUUUAAGAAAGGUGUUUCUUAAGCAAGAGUGUGGUUAGCCUGGCUACAAAAUGACAGGCACCAGGGACUCCUGUCUUGUGUUCUGCUUAACGAAGGCAGAAUAGGUACAUGGGUUUGAGUGAAGAGGGCCAUAAAUGCGCUUUGCAGUCGUUAACACUACUGCAGCGGUCACAAAUCCACAUGAAGCACCAUGCACAGAAGUUUGUGUGCACCGUAGUACUACUGCUGUAGUAGCAAUGCUACUACAGCAGCAGCUACUGCACAGUAGCAGUACUACUAUGCAUAGAGUGCAUGUUUAAUUAGUAGGCGGUCAAAAUUAAUCCAAAGCCCUCCACUUUGGCAUCCUUGAUGAUCCACUAAGCACUUUUGGAACAUUCAUCCCAUAAUUUUUAACAAGCUUUGCAGGCCAUGUACACAGCUCGGGAUGUUUUCAAGACCGAUGCUCUGUCCUGCAGGAAUAACUCGAGGAUGAAACAAGAAAUGGAGUAAUUCAUGCCCAGUUCCUGAAAAAUGGUGGUGAAGAGCAAUACAUAAUUUCUUUCCACUUGUUUAGUGCAAUCUUACAGCAUCUCAAGCUCUUCUAUGCUUGUAAUUCUGGUCAUUGUUUGCCUUAUUUAUAUUAACUUUAGCAAUAUUUAUGAGCAUUUUUAUUCCCAGUUGUACAAAGUAAUAGCUUUUAGUAUCUUCUACGCCCAAGGUUCAGAAAGUGUUUUUGAUUUCUGCAACCAUUAUAGGCAGCACCUGAGUUGUGACUGUAUAGAGAUCAUUCACUCAGUUUGAUUUCUGUACCCAACACAGGCAGCUUCGAGGCUUCGGCUAUACGACAUGUCAAUGCCAUUUCAUUAAACAGUUAUUGAAAAAGCACA